CGCUGGUGAAUUGGGCUGCUCCCACACCGGUCUCCCUUCUCGCCAAGCCGCAUCGGUCUUUUCUAACAACCUCCCGCUCCGUCCGAGAUCCUGGUCCACUUCCACGGCUUUGCUCUGCUCUGCUACCGCUCCUUCCUCGUGACAAGACACAUCCCCUCGACGUUACCAUGUCGGCCCUAUUGCUUCGGCAUCUCUUGCGCACUGUCCUGGCCAUGCUCUGGAUCACCAGUGUCUCGGCGCUGACUCCCAGCCUCAGUCUGGCUGCAAAUACCGUCUGGGCUGCGGGCUCCAGCGUCUCCAUCUCUGUCGUCUGGGCGGCCGGGAGCACCUUCCCAGCCAAAGGAAGGCUCGAGAUCCUGCUCGAGCCCGCAGGGAUCUUGCUGGUCAACAAAUCCAUCCCGAGUGUCGCUGAAACCAAGGCCUACGCAGCCACCCUUCCGAAAACGCUUGAGCCUGGUGCAAGCACCCUCCGUCUGUGCGCCAUCGGCACCACCACUUGCGUCGAAAGUACUCCCCUCACGAUCGGUGCUGCUAGCUCCGGUACAACUGCCGCUGCCGCCUCGACGACCCUCAAGCAUCAAUCUGCCACCGGUCGAGCUUCCGGCUCGGCCGCACCCGCUGCUCUGUCCACGCUCGGCUCGGCUCCGUCAACUGGAUCGAAUGACUUUGGCGGCCUCAGCACCCCAGUGAUCGCUGGCAUCGCCGGCGGUGCGGCUGCCUUCCUUGCCCUUGUCGUCAUCGGGUGUUGGUACUCUCGGCCCAAACCUUCCCGUACAAGCAUGAGCUUUUCCCACAACGAGCUCGAGAAGGGCUUCCAUUCCAAAGACCACUCGGGCUGGGCUUGCCAGAGAUCCUCCAGGCUCUUUUUCUCGAAGCGGGCCACACAAGAGGACCUCCAGUUCCCAUACACCACCAUGGUCUCGGACCAGUCCAACAGUCAUUCGUCCCAAUCCCAGAGCACGGCCACGGUGACCUUCAAUGACUGCGACCGACCAAGCCAUGAUGCUGGCCUGUCUCGCCCCAGCCAGGACGCUUUCCAGGCCGGGCCCGCUCCUGGAAUGUCUCCGGCACGCACAUCAUCCACCAAGGCUGACCUUGAGCUCUCGCUGCCGCCUGUUCUCACCGAUGCUCGCACGGUCCUUUUCUCGCGUGAAUCUGAGCAGCUGGACGAGCUCGCUGUCGUCCCGAGCCAGAAGGUAUUUGUUCUCAAGGUCUUCAGCGACAACUGGGCCUUUAUCCAGACCCAGGCCGGCGAGCGUGGUCUUGUCCCAAUGACGUAUCUCAGCGGCAAAACAGUCUCCCCAGCACGUUCCUCCAACAUCCCCGGCUCGUCGAGUUCCUCGGUCGUGUCAACUGCCGUAGACACAUGGGGCUCGCCUCGAUCCUCCAACUCGGCCGCAAACCUAAUCAAGGCCAGCGAAGCACCACGAGACGGAGAUUCGGAUCAAGAGUCAUCCGCAAGCCAAGGAGGUGACCUGGACAUCACCGUGGCCCCGGUUCCGGAGUACCUCAACGCUGCUUUCCAGUACACCGCCACUCGUGCCGACGAGCUGUCACUCGGCCUCGGAGAACGCAUCCGAGUGCUCAAGCGAUUCAGAGAUGGCUGGGGGCUGGGCCAGAAUAGCCAAGGCCAUAUUGGCUUGAUCCCGCUCAACUUUUUGCGAUAAGCGAGGCGCACAGAUCGCUUGCUUCCUCCUUCCCUCCCUCCCUCCAACUAAAACGGAAUAUGGCCGUAUCUUUGGUUCCCCCACCUCCUGCCCUCUGCGUCUGCUUCACUUGCCCAUUCAGUUUAUUGCUCCAUUCAUCCAUCCAUCUAUUCAUCCAUCCAUCCCUUCAU